AUGCGUAAAGUUUGGCUCCUCGCCAGCGCCGUGCUGGCGUUUCUCAACUUUGUCAAAUCGCAGGAAGUCGCACGGACACUCUACAGCACCAGAUACGACAACCUGGACAUUGACACCAUUUUGGGGAGCAAUCGGCUGGUGUCGAACUACGUCGACUGUUUGCUCAGCCGCAAACCGUGCCCACCGGAAGGCAAGGACCUGAAACGUAUUCUUCCGGAGGCGCUAAGAACCAAAUGUGCUCGCUGUUCACCGAUACAGAAGGAGAACGCACUGAAGAUCAUCACCCGACUCUACUACGACUAUCCGGAUCAGUACCGUGCGCUGCGCGAACGGUGGGAUCCAUCCGGCGAGUACCAUCGCCGGUUCGAGGAGUAUCUGCGCGGGCUGCAGUUUAAUCAGAUCGGCGGUAACGGUGGUACCAUCGGUGGCGUGGGUAAUACGAUAGAGAGCGGUGGUAACGACCGGCCGGUAAGAAAUGACCUCGAUCGACAGCCCGCGACACAGAGCAGCAAUGUGCAGACGAUAGUGGUUAAUCCGGCGCUGGCCGGCCAACCGAACGGCAAUGCGAACACGCUGAUUCCGAUACCUUCCUCUCCAACACCUUUACCACCGUCAGCUGUAGCGCCCGCGACCGAACGACCUAGGCCCCCGGCACCGGUUCCGCAAGGCUUUCUUCCACCAUGGUCCACCAACACGGUCAGCAACGUCGCGCAAUCGCUGCAGCCGGGCGCUACCACAACCGCACCAUUCGGAACGGUUCGCCUAGACGAAGUUUCAACAGUUCCGCUAUGGCUGGAAGCACAAUUGGCACAACAAACUCUACCGGAACGACCGCAAGGAUCGUUCGUCGAUUUCGUCCCAACGGUCACCGUGUCGCCCACAACGUUCAACGCACGUCCCGUAGUUGAUGGAGUUGGGUAUCAAAAUUUGGCCACCGCUGGUCAGCUUCCAUUCCGGGCUUCGGUGUACGAUGGUCCAUCAACUACCGGACGAGUAUUGGCCGGUCGUCGUCCCACGACGGACAAUGGGUUUGAUGAACUCCCCACGGCUCCACCACCGGUAGUGGUGAAUCGAUUCGGUGACGAUGACGCCAACGGUCGACCGUCCAUUGCACCAGUGCCCGCAGUGCCCGCAGUAACGACGACUACCACGACUACUACGCAGCGGCCUGUCACUACCACCGUGCGACAGACGCGGCCCGCUACCCGUCAGACGACGACUAGAAAUACUCAGCGUACAACGACGAGAUUUGCCGCGAACCCACCGAUCGUGGGCCUCUGGAACCAGCUCGGCACGAAGAUAGCCGAUACGGCGGACGCCAUUGCCGGCAUGCUGAAGAAAACGGUCGAUGUGCUGGUAACGAGCCACAUCCAGUCACACCAGCGGGCACUCCGACGUAUCUAG